GCGUCUUCUGGCGGUCCAAUGGAACCCGACACGAUGGGGCCACAACCGACCACUGGCGAAGCGGGAGAGGAGUACAGGACAUCGCCCGAUCGAGCUCUGAGGGAUCUGAAGGAACGAAUCAGGCGAGAAGCACCGCUGAGAUGGGCUGACCAAACCAAUGACGGAGGGUCCGACGUAAGGGGCGAACCAGUUGCGACAGAUCCGCAGGAGGCUCUAAAGACGGGUACCUCGAGCGGACGACGAGAAGCGACGAGGCGACGCUCCCCCAAGUACGAGCGGAGGGACACCAUAGCGGACAGGCACAGAGACGACUGGAGAGAGAGUUUGAGGGAUUCCUAUUGGAGGGACAGAGAUAGAGACAGGGCACCGCCCAGGCGAGUCUUCAACCCCCAGACAGGGGAGUCACAUCCGCUCCCUUACGAAAGCAAGGAUCGCUAUAUUAUUAUGCACAAGGCCUCAGAGCCUCCAACCUUCAGGGGCUAUGGUAUCACAGAAUAUCUGGAGAAGUGGGAGUUUCACACCAGCCGGAGUCAGUGGUCGGAGGAAGAGAUUAUAGAGAACUUCCUAUUUAAUGUGGACCCAAGUCUCGCUAAGGAAGUUAAGGAAGCUCGACUGAAGGAUGGGAAAUGGACUACGUACAAGAAGAACCUCGUUGAGCUUUACAAAUUGGAGGAUAACAAGUAUUUCAUCAAGGACCUUGAAACAAUGACUCAAGAUGAAGAUGAGAGCGUACGGGCAUUUGGGAUGCGUUUCCAAAAGAUCUCCGACGUGCUGAUGAAGAAGGGGAAAAUCUCAGAGGUCGAGCGUUGUACUAUCUUCAUCGGACACUUGUCCAAAGACCGAGACGGAUAUAGGAACGACAGAUACGAGAGGUCGGGUCGAGAUGGCUACAGAAGUGGUAGGUAUGAAAGAGGAGAUCGGGACUGGGAACGACGAGAUGGGUCGCGGAGACGAUUUGAGCGCGGGGGAGAUGCGAGAGAGCAGCGCGACGAGUCGCGGGGGUGGUACAAUCGAGGGGACCGACGCGAUGAGUCACGAGGGCGAUAUGACUCGGGGGACCGCCGGAAUGAUUCGCGAGGGCGGUAUGAGCAAGGAGGGUCUGGAGGARACCGCCGCAACGAUUCGCGCGGUCGGAAUGAGAGARGGGGAUAUGGCGUCUCAUCAGAAMCAUAUCCCAAGUCGCCUGACCCCAAGGCAGCCAGGAGUUCGAUCUCUAGAAGCGCAGACGACAGGCCAUCUACUCCCAGGAACUCAUGCGUCUACUGUAGAGGAGAAGAUCAUAUCAAGAGGGAUUGCCUGGACCUCAAACGGGCAAUAGAUGAGGGACUUGUCGUGCUUGACGACCUCAAGUACGUCAAGUGGGCAAAUGGUCUGGGAGAUGUAUCGAUGUUCCCUUCGAUGAAGGACAAUGCCGAAGCAAGGAGAGUAAAGCCGAGUAAAGAAAAGGAGUCGGUCAGGAGCCAAAGCAUCAAGAUAAACUUUGAGGGGGAUAUGGCGACCACACCCAUAAGGGUGGCAGCCACCAAGUCGGCGAGAGGGUCUACAUCGAAGAAGACUGCCACGGAUUACGUGAUGGCAGAGAGGGACGGGCAGCGGGUCAAUGGAGAGGAGGGUAUCCUUUCACCGCGAAAGCGGGGAGUGAAGAAGUUCUUAAUGAAGAGUUCGCUGGACGAGAUUGACACGGUCGAGCCACUGAGGCGGGCCCUUCGGCAACCCAUGCAGUGCUCUAUUUUGGAGUACCUGGCGGCAUCGAAGCCGGCUCGUGAUGAGUUACAGAUGAUCACGCGGAAGACUCGCAUACCUCUAUCGGAGGAGGGUCAGGGGGCCCUAAGGCGGAAGCUUCUACAGUAGCAGUAACGGGGGUGACUGCCAGAGCGGAUCGCAUGGCGACAGUCCUUCUCGAUGGAAUGGAAGGUGUACCUCCAGACAAGUUUUAUAUACUUGGUACCGGGGCCGUGGAGACGACUAUAAACGAUGGAGCGGUACUCGAUGCUGUGAUCGAUAACGACAGUGAGGCUGUCAUCAUAGACGAGGACCUGGGAGUACAGGUUGGACUGGGCCUCGAUAGGUUAUACCUAUUCAAGAUAGAGACGGCUGAUGGGAGAAAGCAACAGAUCACUGGGGUUUGUCACAAGGCAGCCAUAGAGGUC